AUGCUCUUGUCCUUGUCGCUUUGCGCGUUACUGGUGGCAGGCCCUUCCAGUGUAGCGUCUUUCUAUCUUCCAGGAGUCGCGCCUACCAAUUAUCAAAUCGGAGACCGAGUGCCGCUUACGGUCGACCGCCUAACGCCUUCCCAAUCCGAAAAGGACAGCCAAGUCCAGUCCGUCUUCGCGUUCGACUACUACCACAAUGCCUUCCACCACUGCGAGCCCGAGGGCGGCCCGAAGCAAAAGAGCGAGAGUUUGGGGAGCAUACUGUUCGGAGAUCGUAUCCAGUCGUCACCAUUAGAAUUGCACAUGGGCAAGAACGAAUCUUGUAAGGCUGUAUGCGGGAAACAGACGUUCCAACCUCGCGAUGCCAAAUUUGUCAAUCGCCGUAUCCUGCAGAACUACAAUGUCAACUGGAACAUCGACGGCUUGCCUGCUGCUCAGAAGAUGAUCGAUGCCAACGAGGCCAUCUUCUACAGUCCCGGCUUUGCGCUUGGCCAGGUGCAUGGUGUCGAGCUGGACAACCUGACCCCGGUACUCAACAACCACUAUAACAUCUUUGUCGAGUACCAUCAGGCCGCCCAAGACACAUACCGUGUCGUGGGCGUCUUGGUCGAGCCGGCGUCCUCGAGAGACUCCAAGCUGUUAGACGAUGGCAAGGUCGAUUGCGGUGUUACUAGUGAUCCCGUCAUUCUGUCCGAGAAGGAACCUACCGAGAUUAUCUGGACCUACAGCGUCUACUGGGUACCUUCUCCCACUUCGUUCGCUACUCGUUGGGACAAGUACCUUCAUGUCUACGACCCGCGGAUCCACUGGGUGUCGCUGACCAUCUCCGCUCUCAUUGUCGUCGCUCUCGUGGGUAUGGUCUCUACCAUUCUUCUCCGAACACUGCGCAAGGAUAUUGCUCGCUACAAUCGUCUCGAUGAUCUGGGUCUUGACGAUUUCGGCGGUACAAACUUGGACGAUACUGUGCAAGAGGACUCAGGCUGGAAGCUCGUCCAUGGCGAUGUCUUCCGUCCUCCGAGACACCCUAUGGUCUUGUCAAUUCUGGUCGGUAACGGCGCCCAGCUUUUUAUGAUGACCGGCUUCACCAUCGCUUUUGCUCUGCUCGGCUUCCUGUCUCCCUCAAACCGUGGAUCCCUGACCACAGUCAUGGUUAUGCUUUACACCUUCUUCGGCGCAGUGGGAGGUUAUGUCUCUGCUCGCGUGUACAAGUUCUUCCACGGCGACGCUUGGAAGCAGAAUAUUGCAUUUACGCCUCUUCUUGUACCCGGUACUGUAUUCAGUGUCUUCUUCCUCCUCAACCUAUUCGUCUGGGCACGUCAAUCUUCUGGAGCGGUGCCAUUCACCACUAUGCUUGCACUUGUCGCCAUCUGGUUCCUGAUCUCUGUGCCUCUCUCUGUCGGUGGCUCAUGGCUUGGCUUCCGCGGGCCUGAGUCCAAGCCUCCUGUUCGUACUAACCAGAUCCCUCGUCAAAUCCCACCUUCCACUGGAUACCUACGCCCCUUGCCAUCCAUGUUCCUUGUCGGCAUCCUCCCUUUCGGCGCCAUCUUCCUGGAGUUGUACUUCAUCAUCAGCAGCAUCUGGUUCAGCCGUAUCUACUACAUGUUCGGCUUCCUCUUCCUCUGCUAUGGAUUGAUGAUUGCAACCUCAGCUGCUGUAACUAUCUUGAUGGUCUACUUUGCCCUUUGCGCUGAGAACUAUCAUUGGCAGUGGAGAGCCUUCUUCACCUCUGGCGCAUCUGCCAUCUAUGUGUUCUUAUAUGCAAUGCUGUACUGGGUCAGAGCGCUGAGCUUCACGUCUUGGACAAGUGGGGUAUUGUAUCUUGGCUACAGUGCGUUGAUCAGUGCAUUGUGGUUUGUUUUGACUGGUACGAUUGGAUUUGUUGCUACGUGGGCGUUUGUAUACAAAAUUUAUGGCUCGCUCAAGAUUGAUUGA